AUGGAAGUGAGUCUCCGAAAUGGUAGGGACUUAGAUCCGGAGCAAGAAAUUGCUCGCGAAAGCAGGCCGACUGAGACACUGGUGCCAGUACCCAUUGACAUAGAUGAUUCAGCAGGUUUAACUGAGGUAAACAUUCCAUUGAUAGAUGCUUUAAAGGAAAUGCCUGGGUAUGCAAAGAUGAUGAAGGACUUGAUGUCCCGCAAACUCGACUUCCAGGACUUGGCCACGGUUACACUGACUCAGACCUGCAGUGCUGUUGUGACGGGACCCAUAGCUGAGAAGCUGUCUGACCCAGGAAGUUUCACAAUCCCUUGCACAAUAGGCAACUUUGCGUUUGCUAAGGCAAUGUGUUAUUUGGGAGCUAGCAUAAAUCUUAUGCCCCUAGUUAUCUACAAAAGGCUAGACAUUGGAAGAGCUAGACCCACGUCUAUGCUACUACAGCUGGCUAACCGAACUGUGAAGAGGCCCUCGGGGAUUCUAGAUGAUGUAUUAGUGCAGAAAUCUAUGCGCAGUCCCAGUGAAUUUGCCAAUUGCUCUCUAAUAGAUGCGGUGGAUGUAGUGUUGGAGGAGGACGAUGCAACAUUGAACAUUAAAGACCCUCUAGCAGCUUGUCUCAUGAACUUAGACGAAGCUAAUGGUGAAGACUUGGCAGAGUGGGUACUUGCUCUUGAAGGCCAAGAUUUUUGGAAAAGGGAGAUUGAAUUUGAGCGUUUGCACUUGGAGGAAAGAAAAACUCCUCCAGUUAAGCCGUCAAUAGAAGAGCCACCAAAGUUGGAACUAAAGCUACUGCCAUCUCAUCUCAGGUUGGCGAAUCUGUAUGGACUAGAGGAAGUUGAACUUGGCCACCAGGAAGGAUCACUUCCCACUGCCAUUCAUUGA